AGGCAUACCUAUUGCGGCAACAUAAAGAACGACUGGAACAACGAAGUCGGAUUCUGGAAGAACAGAAUCGUCAACUUGAAACACAACUUGCAAGGCUACGAACAGUCAUUGCCCAACAACAAAAUGUUGGGAGCGAAAAUAAAGAAAGUGGGCCGGAAGAGCCUGAAUCGAGUGCGGCUUCGGCCGAAGAAGAUGAAGGAAUUGAGUAUGAUACGAGGCCAAAUCGCAUGAAUUCUCUUAUUGCUUCAGUGGAUCAGCUAGGUCGUGCGAUGCAAUCGUUUGUCGUUUCGGUAGUUAACGAUGGUGAUGAAACUAACGAAGAUGAGGAUGAAAUGACUAUUAAUGGGAUUCACUGAAUUAACUUUUUAUAGCAGUUAUAUUUGUUACUGAUUUUUUUUCGAGUUUGAAGUUUAUCUGAAUAUAUAGAAAGUUUGAAUCCAAUUUGAAGACAAUUUCGAGAUUCAUUCCUCGUAUAUUUU